AUGAAGUAUCCUGCAUUAAAAGAAACAACUCUUAUUCAUACUUUGUUUGGAGGGAUGCAAAAUCCUCAGAAACAUUCAGAAUACAAGAUUUUUGUAAGUGAUUUUAACAAAAAUUAUCAUUGCACUUUUAACGCAUUUGACCAAGAGAAAAUCUGUGCCGAAAUUUGUCAGAUACCAACCGGAUUUUGGUCAAAGGAACUAGAGGAUAAUGGAAUCCAUCUAACGGAUCAAGAAUGUUUACCAUCUUGUUCUUCAUCAACAAUCGAUUUGCUUAUUGGUGCUGACAUAGCAGGAAAAUUGAUGACUGGAAAAAUCCUCAAUUUAACUUGUGGAUUAACUGCCACUGAGACUUUGCUUGGUUGGACACUUAUGGGAAGAGCACCAAGCAGUUCAGACUCUAUAAGCAUGACAGUGACAAACUUACUUAUAAAAGAUUGUAAUAUAAGUGACUUAUGUAAGUUAGAAGCCAUUGGAAUUAUUGAUCCUACUGAAUCGAAAAAGAAGACUGAAAUGCAUCAAGGUACUUCAGAUUAUUUUCGAAACACUCUGACGAUUGAUGAGGAAGGGAGGUACGAAGUCGCCUUACCUUUGGUGUUAGAAUCGUCCCGGCUCCCUGACAACAGACAAAUGGCCGAGAAACAACUUUCUUCUGUUUAUAAAAUACUUGUAGAAUCCGAGAGAGUUGGAGUAUAUGCAGAUAUCUUUAAAAAAUGGAUUGCUGACGGUGUCAUUGAAGAAAUCGAAGAUAAAAAGGAAUUGAAUGUAUACUAUCUCCCACACAGGCCUGUAUUUAAAGAGAACAGCAUUACUAAGAAAGUGAGGCCAGUUUUCGAUGCAUCCGCACUUAUAAAGGGUACACCCUCACUGAAUGCCUACUUAGAAAGCGGUCCUAAUUUAAUUGAACUUGUUCCUUCCCUACUGAAUCGUCUCCGAAAAUUUCCUGCUGGAAUAGCAUCAGACAUUGAGAAGGCAUUUCUUCAGAUCGGAAUCAGAGAGAGGUACAAGGAUUAUCUGCGAUUUUUAUGGAAAACCAAAGACAAGGGAAUGAAAAUCUACAGACAUCGUAGAGUUGUGUUUGGUUUCACCUGCAGUCCAUCCCUUUUAGCGGCAACUUUGAAUUGCCAUCUGGAAAAAGCACCUGAAGAGCUCUUGGAUACUGCGGAAAUUUUGAAGAAUUCAUUUUAUGUGGAUAAUUGUGUCUGCAGUUUGAAGAAUAUAGAUGAAGCAGAUAAAUUUAUAGCUGAAUCGCAAGCGUUGAUGUCUUUAGGCAAAUUCAAUCUACGAGGCUGGGAAUCAAAUGCUUCACUUGAAAUUAUCGAUCAACCCGACAAAUACCAAACUGUAUCCUUAUUGGGUCUAAACUGGGACCUAAAACAAGAUACUCUGUCUUGUAUCAUAAACUGUCCGAAAAAUGAAAAUCUGGUUCUUACUAAAAGAGAUCUGCUUUCUUUGGCUCAGAGUAUAUUUGACCCUUUGGAUAUAUCCUCUCCUGUAACCAUCAUUCCAAAGUUUAUGCUUCAAGAAUCCUGGAAUCUUGGACUUAAAUGUGAUGAUGCCCUGCCAGAAGGUCUAUCGAAACUAUUUUGGAACUGGCUGAAGGGUAUAAAGAAUCUUUCAGAGGUCAAAAUACCUCGAUGGAUGAAGCUGAGUCAAAAUGAAGAAGGGAAAAAGGAAAAUAUUUGGAAAUUUAUACCACCAUCAGCUCCAUGGUGGGGAGUAUGGUGGGAGCGCCUUAUUGCCCUAGUAAAAGACCUUCUGAAGAAAGUUCUAAGCCGAGCAUGCCUGAGUUACGAAGAAUUGAAUAUGAUUCUAUGCUAUUGCAAAGACAUCGUAAAUUCAAGACCCAUUACCUACGUUUCUGAACACCAUGAUUUGGAACCUAUAACACCAUCUUCAUUCCUCAGAAAACGUAGAGAAAAUGGAAUUCCAGAUCUUGACCACUUGGAACUAUCUCCUGAGUAUUUUCGCAAGCGGCGACUGUAUAGGUGUAAACUGCAAGAAGAUCCCAGAAAUCGAUUCCGACUGGAAUACUUGUGGCAGCUGAGGCAACAAACUAAGAAAAUGAUAAAAACCCACGAUUUUAAGGUGGGAGAAGUGGUUAUUGUCGAAGUAACCAAUCAAAAACGUCUGAAUUGGCCUCUGGGGAAAAUAACAAAUAUUCCCUGGUAA